GGCUCACAGAACAAUGACACUAAAAGACAAUUUCUUCUAGAACGGCUACUGGAUGCAGUGAAACAGUGUCAAAUCCGAUUUGGAGGAAGAAAAGAAAUCGCUUCAGACUCUGACAGCAGGGUGACCUGUUUGUGUGCUCAGUUUGAAGCUGUGUUGCAGCACGGCCUGCGGAGGAGCCGAGGGCUGGCAUUAACAGCAGCAGCAAUCAAACAGGCAGCAGGUUUCUCCAGUAAGACUGAAACAGAGCCAGUGUUUUGGUAUUAUGUGAAGGAAGUCCUGAACAGACAUGAGCUGCAGCGUUUUUACUCUCUGAGGGCAAUUUCCACGGAUAUUGGCCGAGGCCGAGCUUGGCUGCGCUGUGCACUGAACGAGCAUUCGCUGGAAAGAUAUGUUCAUAUGCUGCUUGCAGAUAAGAAUCGACUCAGUGUCUUCUAUGAAGACUGGGCUUUUAUGAUGGAUGAAGAACGUUCUAGUAUGAUCCCUACGAUGGCAGCUGGUCUGAACUCCAUUCUUUUUGCAAUCAACAUUGAUAAUAAGGAUUUAAAUGGGCAGAGCAAGUGCACACCCACAGUGUCUGAUUUGCUAAAGGAAUCCACCCAAAAUGUCACUUCCUUAUUGAAGGAAUCCACUCAGGGUGUCAGCAGCCUUCUCCGAGAGAUCACCGCGUCCUCUGCUGUCUCCAUUCUCAUCAAACCUGACCAGGACACUGACCCACUUCCUGUUCUGUCCAAGAAUCUGAAUGCUGAUUUGAAAUACAAAAAAGAUCGAAAAAAGAAGAAGAGAGUGACUAAUAUCAUCUCAUUUGAUGAAGAGGAAGAUGAGCAAGAUGCCACAAAGACUCUGGUUACAGGAGAAAGUUCAGAGGAGAGUGUAGAUAGAUCUUCAGUUCUUGCAUUAUCCUCAUCUGAAAGCACUCUGGGAAGAAAUUUGAAUGGGAAUGAAAGUAACCAUUCCUGGAAGAGCAAUUCAGUGUUCAUGAAUGGAGAGUAUGAAUACCAGAAACUAGAUGUGAAGAGCAUUGAUGAUGAAGAUGCAGAUGAGGAUGAACAAUAUGGAAAAUCAUUAGGAAAUAAAGGGACAGAAGGUGAUACUGAGGCUUCUGAAAAGCCUCAUGAAAUAGGCUCGUGCAAUUCUCAGAUAUGCAGUUGGACUCCUCUGCAGGUCCUGAAUGAUGACUCAGACGUUCUGUUUCCUGUCAGUGCUGUUGGGUCUUACUCCCAAACAGAUAACUUGGAGAAUGGAGAGGGGCAUGAACAUAUUCAUCCUGUAGAACUGGUUCCAAGGAGAUCUGAUCUUCCUUACAGAGUGGAAGUCAGUCCUCCAGCUCAAGUGAAUACUUUAAGCAGUAUGUUGCCUUCAGCCACUGUGCCAGAAUCCAUGACAAUUAAUGAACUUCGUCAAGCUAUUGUGGCCAUGAUGAAUAGAAAGGAUGAGCUGGAAGAGCAGAACAGGUAG